GCAGUCCAGGCCGGGCGCUCCAGACCGGUAUAUCCUUGCCCGAGAUGCGGGGGGUUUGCAGGAGGGUGUUGGUCGGGGCUGGGCAGCGGCGGCAGGUUUGCAGCGCGACGAUGGAGGACGAGGGCAGCCGCAGCAUCCACUCGCAGGGCAUCGCCACCACCCACCAGGUGUCCAUGCGGGUCAUCAUCCGGCCCAUCCCGCCCGUCCUGGACGAGGGCAAGGUGGAGAGCCUCAUGCGGACCAUCCAGGAGGAGGAGGAUCGAGUGCCACCGAUAGAUGUCCUCUGGAUCAAAGGCAGCCAGGGGGGUGACUAUUUCUACUCCUUUGGAGGGUGCCACCGUUACGAGGCCUACAAGCGCCUAAACAAGGAGACUGUCCCGGCUAAAAUCAUCCGAUCGACCGUCAGUGACUUGCGCACCUAUCUGGGCUCUUCCUUACCUGACCUGCAAUAGCAGGGGGAGCUGUGACACACACACAGUGUGCUACUCAGGGCUUAUUCCAUGACAGAUUUGGGUCAGCUGGAAACCUUGGACUUGUCUGGCAACCUCGGACAUUCUCGGUUCCUUUCUGGACUUCUUGUGAUGGGGCACUCGUGUCUUCCACUUCCAUAUGUGGUGGAGAUGUGUUGGACAUUUUCUUUCUCAUACUCUCUAGGACUGCUUAAUGUUAGAAAGCAACAAGAACUGGUCAUGGGCAGAGGGCUGGGCAUCUGGCAGCUCCCUUCUCUGUCAUGGUGGGUGCAUUGAUUUGUUACCAGCUCCAGGUCUAACACAGGACGAAAGAGUUUACUGGAGUGGAAAUACCUUGAUAUUUGCAAACAGGCAUAACUGUUAGCCCUUGGGCAUUAAACAGGGUGAGAGGUGUUAUCUGAAUGUGGUCUUUGUGCUAAGGUGUUCGAGUGCUGCUGGGGGGGGUCCUGGAGCACUCCUGCGCUCUGCAGUGGGUUGAACUUGGCCCAAUUUGGGCUGAAAUUGUCCUACUGUGGUGCGCAGGAGUGCAUACCACCAUCAGGGAGGUGCAUUCUCUUGCCUCCCCCCCCCCCCCAUCAUCCUUGUCUCUGAGAGGAUGGAGGCCAGGUCUACUUGCCCUGCAAGUCUAUGGCAGGUAGAUCUGGGCUCCCUGGGUCAGAGGCCAAGUCUAUUCACCUUGCAAAGCCAUGGUGAGUACACCUGGCCUCCACAGGUCCAGAGGCCUGGUAAACCCACCUUAUAAAGCUGUUGGUGGGUAGACCUGGCCUCUGCAGGUCUGAAAGCCAGGUGUCUCUGCCCUGCAAAUCUGUGGUGAGUAGACCUGGCCUCUGCAGGUUUGGAGGCCAGAUCUACUCUCCUUGCAAAUGUAUGGUGAGUAGAUCUGGCCUCCGCUUGUCUCCUCACCCCCUCCCAGGCUGAAUGAAGUUUGGGGGAAGGCUUGGAGGGGGAAUGAAGGCAAGCCUCACUGCCCCCCGUGCCCCCCCACCAUGUUUCUAGGUUUGGGAGGGAAGGCUAGGGGAGGGCACGAAAGCCGCACUGCCCACCCUCCUCCACAUUUCUAGGCCAGGGAGGGGAAGGCUUGACGAGGGGCAAGGGCAGGAAAGCUGCGCUCACCCCCAGCAGAUGGAGGCUUGGGUGGAAAGCGUGGCAGAGGAGCACAGGGCAGUCAGGCAUGCCCCAUGCCGGCUGGCCCAAUCGGGGCUGAGGAGGGCGGAGCCGACCUGCAGGCCCUUCUCAAGCCCCAGAGGCUUGCCUGGAGUGCACCUGCGCCGGUGAGUCGUCAGAAAUGUGCUUACUGAAUUAUGUUACAGGAUAAUACUACUACUAAAUAAAAGGUGAGCCGUAUUGGUGACGAUUCACCUUUUAUCCUGGUGCAGGCGCAAUCCUCAGAAGGCCCCACAGCAGGUCGGCUCUGCCCUCCUCAAGGCCAAUAGGGUCGGGACCAGUGGCAGGCAUGCCCAGCUUGCCUGUGGUGCCCCCCCCCAAAGCCUCGGGCAGAGGGGGUGCAUGGCAGUGGCAGGCAUGCCUGGCUCACCUGCGCUGCCCCCUCCAAAGCCUUGAUGGAGGACAGAGGGGCGCACAGUGGCGGAGGGCAUGUCUGGCAUGCGCUGCCCCCCAACACCUGGAUUGGGUACGGGGUGGUGGUGGCGGACAUGCCGGUCCACCUGUGCUGCCCCCUCAGCCUCGAUGGGGAAGGAUGGUGGCAGGAUUGUCCGGCUCGCCUGUGCUGCCCCCCACCUCGAAUGGACUGGCCCAAUUUCUGCCUCUUUGAGGUUGAAUCGGCCCCAUGCUGGGCGCAGGGACACUGCUGGCGUGGCACAACAGGCCCUGGAGUCCUCCUGUGCUCCGCACCGAUUCCAUUUCCACAGGUUUGAUGUCAAUGUUGGCCCUCUACAGAGCGCAGGAAUUCUGCUGUGGUGGUGCAUGCCCUCAUAAGGCCCUGCUAGAGCCCAUUGUAUUAUUCGACACAACAAGCUUUGUUGUUAGUUAUAUUUUAUAUGAUGGCGAGAGCUUGAAAGCUUUUGAUUCCCACACAUUUGCUAAAAAAGCCAUUCUCUGUUCAUGUUUGUGAUCUCUUAGAGGGAACAGCAAGCACAUAUUUAAGCUCAGACUACAUUGAUUUCGAUGCUUAAGAAACUACUGAACAGUAUUAAAAACAAUAGCUUUUAAAUGAGCAAACUCCAGCAGGAGUGCCAGUUCAUAAAUUGAACUUGAAAGUUGGAGCUAUUAUCAGGCUUCUGAGAAACCUCAAUACAGAAUGAGAUCUAUGCAGUGGAACAAAGCUAAUAAUUAAGGAACUAAAACCAAAUUUGAUUAUUGCAAAAGUAUUAACCGGUUCAACAUCCAGUGAAACUAUUUUUAUUCUGCAAAUUGACCAUGCACCUACCAAUACUGACCUUCCAUUUAUAGUAAGAAGAUGACAAUUACCUGUAAAACUUGCCUUUGCUAGGACCAUUAAUAGAUCUCAAAACCAAACACUAGAGAAAGCAGAUGUCCACCAGUUUAUCCGUGAACAACUUUAUGUCGCAUUAUCAAGAUUGUAACACUUUGAUGAUGUGAAAGUUCAGAUUGUCCAUGGACCGCAGCAUGGCCACUUAAUUCUCAAUGCUGACAAAAUCUUUUACAAAAAACAUUGUAUGUAAAGAACUCUUUCAACAUUGAUGACUGAUUGUUACGUUUCAUGGGGGGCGAGGGACCAACCAAGAAGAGCUUUCUAAUAGAGCCCAUUGUAUUUUUUCCCAGAAUGGGCUUUGUGGCUAGUUAUAUAUAUAUUUUACUGCAUUUUUGUAUUUUCACAAGACUCUUUGAAGAGGUCGUCUUAA